CCCGACGACAGCGACAUCGAACGUGACUUGGAGAAAGCUGUCUCUUCCCUAUCUGCUAGGAAUGAGCUUCUUGUGAUCGCAGAUGGCGACCUCUCAGUGUUCGCUUUUUAUGACCAGCAUAAAAAGGCCGAAGGAACUCAAGACCCAAUCUUAGCGGCAUUCCUCAAGAAAAAGGAGAAAGAGAGCGAUAAACCGCACAAAGAGAAUCAGUUAGCUCUCCCAUUGGCGGUAGCCGCGCUCAACUUCUUCUAUCGGCACCUAGAAAGGGGAGAAGCGGAGCUCCAGAAGUUCCUCAUUGAUUUGGCCAAGAAGCAAACCCCUGCGAUAAGGCACAAGGAAAAGGCUACCGAUGAAGAUGGCUAUAGUACCGACGUGAAGUGGCUGCUUAUCCCGAAAUCGAAGACAGAUCAGAUAAAAAGGGGCACGACCGUGGCAUUCAGAGUGCAGGACAAUCGGAUGGUUCUUUGGGAUAAGCUCAUGGGUCCAAUAGCCGAUGAACCAGACCGUUUUCUUUUUUCGACCGAUUCGGCACAUCCCGCGUCUUCCGACUCGUUGCGAAGACGGAUAAAUGAGGUUCUUCGAAGUUGCGGUAUACAAGAUAAAGGCCUAACAUCGCAUUCAUUGCGGGGUGGAGCAGCAACGGCUGCUAUGAGAAAAGGAGUUAAGUAUGAAGAUAUACAGAGUAGGAGGAUGGAAGUCCUCCAACUCCAUGAUGUAUUAUUUGGAGCCAACGCCGAUAUAACGAGCACGAACGGCAAUGGAGCGCCUGCGGAUAUGCAGGGA